AAAAGAAUGUGUUUAGUCUGAUUGCGUUUUCCUCACGUCUUAUUCGUAAACAAGAGAGUACUCGACGUUAUGCCUUACACUAAUUCGUAAACAAGGGAUUUUGCUUUCUGUUUAUUUUUUAUUUCUUUUUUGCCUUCAUAUUCGUUUCGUUGGGGACGUCUUUCAUUUUGGUUUCUCUCAGUCAGUGUUUUCAUCAGUGUCCACCGUUCCAUGGUAGGGAGCAGCUCAAAUAAAUUGUCCAGAUUCUCGAAACUAUGAAUGAUGCUAAUUAUUCAAUGUACGACAGCUAUUUUUGUAUUUCGAACUACCAGCCGUCAUCCAUUGAUAGUUCCUUAGUUGACUAUGAUGCCCAAACAACAAGUCAUUAUUCCAACAACUGUGAAUUACUGUCCACAACACCAGCUGUAGAGCAGAGGCAUCAUGGAGGUCAAACCAAUAUUUUCCCCUAUCUUUCACACACGAGGGAUGAACCUAACAAAAUUGCAGAUACUGCCACGAAUUUAUGUGUGUCCAACACCUCGGCAGUGCCUGCAGGCCCGGCACCGACCACUUUUGUAAAUAUACCAUUUGUACAGAUCCACACCACAGAUGUCCAACCACAACGUACAAGUUACGGCAAUGUGUUUCGUAGAAAUAUAAGUCGCCAAGAAGAGAUUAAAUCAGAACCAAUUAAAUCAGAAGGUUCUGAUUCUUCUAAAGAAAGAACGAAUGCUACUCCAACUCCACCAAGGGCGCCUUCGGCAACGCAAAAAAAUCAAAACGCUGAGGAUAAUGCACAAAAUCAAAACGAACUUGUUGGAGAACGAGUCGAAAAUAUUAAUGAGCAGGAAAAUCAACACAAAGAAGAGGAUCAGUUAAUAAACCAAGCUUCAUGCCAAGUUUAUAAAUGCUCGCUAUGCCCCUUUAUAAGUUUAAGUGACAAUCAGAGAUACGAACAUGAAAAAUCUCGACAUGCCGAUAAACAAAAGGAAGCCCUCCGGCAAGAGUUGAAGUGUCCAGGAUGUACUAAUGUUUUCUAUAUACAAGAAUCACUUGAAACCCAUUUGCGACUGGAUCACAUCAUGCCAAAAGAUGAGGCACUUAAAUUAGCUCACUCCAUUGUUCAAGCUAACAGCAAAGACACUCAACAAUCAACGAAAGGAUUAUCCGGUGAUUCAAUACAAAGUGAACCGCAGAGAAAAAGUCGCAUUUAUUUGAAAAAUGUUGAAUGUCUAAGGGAACCAAAUCGUCAACCAAUUGAACAAACUGAAAAUCAAUUAUUUGGAAAUUGUAGCAACAAUAACAGCAGCAAUGCCAGUCUGCAUCAAAAUCAAAAGGCACCAAAACAAAAAAUUUCCAUAAAAAGCGUUGAUGUGUUGCGAGAGCCUGCAUUAUUGAGACGGGAUUAUGGCAUGGAUAAUACUAAUUAUAGUAUUUUUUCAGCAGAUAACACAGACAAUCAACAGCACGGAGAGACUGUAUCAAACGCAACAGAUCCUGCUUCUUUUAAUGACAACCAAAAUGACAUGAUCUCCAUGAGUAGGAACCAAAGCAAUGGAGACUGCGAUAAAACGAGAAAACCCAAAAUUUAUGUUAAAAGUGUUGAAAGUUUUAAUUUAAUGCCUCUGGAAUACAUUGAAAGUCAAUCGAAUAUAUUUAACAAUGCUACACAACCCUUUGACUCGAACUCCGCACACAUACCUUUUAUAUAUGAAACGAAUACCAAUAUACCAAUUUCAACAAGUAAUGUUAGUGGGUCCUACGGUCAUAAUGAUAUGACCAACAACGCCUAUCAAAUAGAUAUAAAUUCAUCAUCAAAUGAUAAUAACUACAUACUGGAUAAUAAUCCAUUAUAUCUAGUCAAUGUUGACAAUAUGGGAAUAAAUAAUUGUGGAGGCCAGGUAGAAAGUGUUACACUUAUAACUGACCCUACUCCUCCACCAGAUUCAUCUGCAGUAAAUUUGGAAGAACCUAUAAAUACAGCGAAUAACAACUUUCCUCCAGCACCCCCAGAACCCCAACGCGGAACAUUGCAUUUGCGUACUGUUGACGAAUUGAAUUUAAUGAAUGAAAACGAAUUCCAACAUCCAACCAACGCUGAUAUAAGUCAAAUGAGUAAAAAUUCAACAAACUCGGAGCAAAGGGGCACAUUGCAUUUACGAACAGUUGACGAACUAAACCUGAUGAACGAAAAUGAAGUACAACACCUAAUAGCUCCCAAUUUGGAUAAUAAUCACAGUACCGAAGGACUAGACAAUAACAUAAAUAUGAAUGAUGAUAAUCUAAUUGGUCAUGGUAUUUAUGACGAUUCUGAUGCUUUUAAGUUUCAAGAUUUGGACAGUCAAAUGGCCAAUGAAUGGCCCGAAACAUACGAUGAUUUGGCCGAGGACAUUAAUGGCAUAAUAACUGAGGCUACCAAUAAUCCGGUAACAAACAACAAUAACAAUAGAGAGGGGCAUGUUGUCUUGAAUUCGACGGGAGAUAAUCAAAAGACCUUUUCCAGCAGCAUGGAAGUGGAUAAUCCUCAAAUGUCUUUAAUUACAAUCAGAGACAUAGAAGAACUGACGGGAGGAACGAGUUAUAUUCAUGACAUGGUACACGAUACUAAUUAUGCAAAUGAUAAUACUUCAGAUGUAACUUCUUCUAUUGCCAAUAUUUCGGAGCAAAUAGAUAACUCUGUUGUUGCAAAAGGCAAUUGUGGCACAUCAGAAGAUGCAGAAAAUCUUAAACGUGAAUUGAGUAAUGCAACACCGGAGACAAAAGAUUCUACAACAUUAGGAAAUGAAUGCGAAUCCAAUAUACCCAUUAUACGUGUGGAAUUGCAUAAAGAAGUUCCUGUCACGACAGAGCCCCGUUCUCCUAUAUUGACAGCAUUAAGUGUAUGUGAAAUAAAUGCACGAAGUCCAAAAAUAUCAUCUACAUUAAACAAAAACUCCGAUUGCAAUAUAAUUUCCAGUAACGAACUAAACAGCAUAACUCAGAAUUCUAUCGUGGAUCGAGUACCUCAUUCUCCAAUACAUAUUCCUAACGAGAGUAGUGAUAACAAUUUUAUUAAAACAUCAACGUCCUCUGUAACUUCUAAGAACGUCAAUACAAUAACACCUCUCUUAGCAACGGUCACACACAUGUCAACAUCGCAAUCCUCAGCCACAACAUCAUCAAAUGACAUUCCAAUACCGCCUUUAGUGCCGGUUACAGAUUCAAUUAUGAUUAACAGGGAAAUUUCUUCAGAAUCUGAUUCAGCUGUGCCUAAGGACAAAUUUCCUCCCGCCCAAGAAACUCCUGCAGAAAAGGGUCGUAUAUAUGUUGCAAAUAAUUUAAUGGAACCACCCAAGAAACCUGUUAGCGUUCGCGGUAGACCAUUUGGAUCUAAUCGUACCAGAAUGGCCUUGGAAUCCACAUCAACAAAUGAUGUAUUUGUAAAAUGUAGCUUUAAAGGUUGUGCUUUUCGGUUUAAAAAGAACGAAACUUUGGAAUAUCACAUAAAAUGCCAUGACAUUGACCCAGCCAAUGUGAAUAGCAAUCAAGUAGCAAUUUGUCCAGAGUGUAAAUCGAUGGAAUUUAGUAAUUGGAAUACACUGCACACUCAUUUAUGGCGCGCCCAUCAAAUCGAUAUGGAAUUGUAUAAAUGCGAUUUGUGUGACUUUAAGACACCUAUAUUUUCGAGACUGGCCAAUACUCAUGCCAAAAUUCAUUCUGAUGAUCGAAACUACAAAUGUGAACAAUGUGGAAAGGCUUUCAAAAACUCGAAGCAAUUAAAAAAUCAUCGACGCUGGCAUAGAGUUCAAUUGAAUUCCAAUAAUACAUCGGCACCUCCCAAAGAACUACCACAACCAAACAUACAUCGAUGUCCUGAUUGUGGUUCGACAUUUUCACAUCAGAAAACAUUAAAGGAACAUUGUUGUAAGAAUAAUGCAUCAUCAAUAAUGAAAUGUGAUAUUUGUCAGAAGGUUAUGAGCACCAAAGCAUCGUUAAAAUUGCACUUGUUAACACACAAAGAAGAGAAACGAUUCAAAUGUCAACAGUGUAAUUAUGCCACAAAUGAUCAUAAUGCAUUUCGGCGCCAUCGGAUGGGGCAUGAAAACAAAAAAAUGUACGAUUGUCAAUUCUGUGAUUACAAAUCCGUUCAAAGCGUAACGUAUCAGAAACAUGUACGUCACAAACAUCCCGAUAAGGCUGAUACAGUUUUACACAAAUGUUCGCACUGUCCAUAUACAACAAUAAAUCGGUCACUGCUAAUUGUUCAUCAAGCUAAACAUCACAAGGAUACGAAUAAUGAAAUGUUGCAAACAACUGAUGGUCAAAAGAAUAAUUCAUCUGUUAAUACAGCAGUUGACAAACUAGUUGCAUCGAAUAUAGUUACGGAAAGAAUAAACUCGAUGGAGAAUACGACGCCAGUCAUUUCACCCGAUGUACAAAAAAGUAAAAUAAAGGUGAAAAGUAAUCUUUUUACAGUAUAAUAGUCUACAUAGAAACAUAGACAAAUUAAUUUUCUACCUUUGGGGCAGUGCAAUGAUUUAUUGAUUAAAUAAAGUAUUAAAUUUGUUUUUUUAAUUAUUUUUAUAGAAAAAACAAAAGAGAACAUGUUUGAUUUUUUGAAAAAUAUUCCAUAACAAU